UCUUCUUUUUUACAAAUUUUUAGAUCUUCUCCACCUUGAAUUGUUUCCAAAAUGGCUGCCCUUAGAACUUGUGAACAACCAUCACUAAGCAAUCUAGGAAUGUCCAUUCACGUGACUAAUAAAGUUGAGAAAAAUGACCAAAUCCAAGGAACUGCCGAGAAUGAGUUUGAUUACUCUCGAAGGGCACAGUGGGUUCGAGCUGCUGUGCUUGGAGCCAGUGAUGGGCUAGUUUCUGUUGCAUCAUUAAUAAUGGGUGUUGGAGCUGUUAAGGAUGAUAUAAAAGCCAUGCUUCUUACUGGUUUUGCAGGCUUGGUUGCUGGAGCUUGUAGCAUGGCAAUAGGGGAAUUCGUCUCUGUAUACACUCAAAGAGACAUAGAGGAAACCCAAAUGAAAAGGGAGACAAGGAUGCGAGAAAGUGGAGACAAUGAGGAAGAGACUGAUCAGAGAGAGAAGCUGCCUAAUCCAGGACAAGCUGCUAUAGCAUCAGCCUUAGCUUUUUCAGUUGGUGCUGUGGUGCCACUGUUAGCGGCUGCAUUCAUAAGGCAGCAUAAGUUGAGGCUGGCUGUGGUUGCUGUAGUGGCUAGCUUGGCCCUGGCGGCGUUUGGUGGGGCAGGAGCUGUACUUGGGAGGACUCCUCCGGUGAGGUCUAGUGUCAGGGUGCUGAUUGGAGGGUCGAUGGCUAUGGCUAUUACUUUUGGCCUGACAAAGUUGAUCGGCAUUACUGGACUCUGAAGCGCUUGGCUAAUGCCGGCUUGAAAGCAUUUUCCAUCUGCCUAGUAUCGAACAAGUGUAGAUUACUCCGACAGUGUUA